GGUGCAAAUUUCUCGUCAUGAUCAUGAGCUGCUGCCUGGACCUGUAGGAACUGGCUGGCGCAGCAGCAGUCCACAGCGUUGAGUCUGCGAGGCUGAGACAGCGACAUCUGUGCUCGGCUGUUGCGAGACAGAUGAGAUGGCAUAGCGACUAGACAAGCUAACGUUACCUUGGCACCUGGAAGAGAUCGGUUCUUUGUUUUUUCGUCGGUUUGUUGUGAUUUAGUUAGCUAUUUGCUUAAGCUUGCUAGACGCAGGUUAGUCACCAAUGCCCUCGCAUAGCUAGAUAUUUAUCUAACUUGCUGCAAGCUAGCGUUAGCUCGCUGCUGGUACCCUUCAGUCAUCGAAGUAGCCGCAUAAACAUGCGGAUCAUCGAGGCGGAGACCCCUGGGACAUCUUUAACGUUAAACGCUUUCUGCAGGACACGAGUUUCGACUAGCCGCUGACUGGACUCUGCAGAAUCGUUGUAAAGGGGACUCAAGGACCAGAUUGCCUGCUGAACUUUUUGCCUCCCAGACAGAUCACCAGGGACCAUGCUUACCAUUUUAGCUGCGGGGUCUAUGUUCUUUCCAGGCCUUUUCCUACUGUCCAAACAAUGCUUGAAGUCCAUCCCGGCACUGAGGUGGAGCGAAGGAGAUGCAGUCAUUGUAUCUGCCAGGUUGGUUUCAUCAGUUCAGGCAGUCAUGGCUUCUUCCGCUGGCUACAUCAUUGCUUCGUCCUGCGAGGACAUCCUCGAGGACCAGCAUUGGUUAACGAGCUCUUACAUCAUGUUUGCCGUUCCCUACUUCGUGUAUGACAUCUACGCAAUGUUCAUGUGUUACUGGUACAAGCUGCGGGUCAAAGGGCACGAGGAGGCCUCGGCAGCCCCCCAGCGCAUGAGCACAGCACUGACCAGCUACUUGCGUCGCGAGUUCCUCAUGGUGCUGCACCAUGUUGUCAUGGUCACCGUCUGCUUCCCCGUCUCUGUGUUUUGGCGACAAGGAAAGGGAGAUUAUUUCCAGGGUAUAAUGUUUAUGGCUGAGCUCAGCACUCCAUCUGUCUGCUUAGGAAAAAUACUCAUCCAGUACAAACAGCAACACACUCUCGUGCACAAGGUGAAUGGGGCUCUUAUGCUGAUCACUUUUUUCAUCUGUCGGGUCCUCCUCUUCCCUUACCUCUACUACGCCUAUGGAAGGUACGCGUCCAUUCCCUUCCACAUGGUUCCCCUGUCGGUGCCCUGGCACUGUAACCUAGGUGCUGCUCUGCUCAUGGCGCCACAGCUCUAUUGGUUCUCCCUAAUUUGCAGGGGCGCCCUGCGACUAUUCACGGGCUCCAACCGCUCUCGGAGACCGCGUGUGACAACAGACACAGCCAAGGAGAAGCAGAUGGAUGGCACCGCACUGCCCCAGCCUGCCAACGGCUACAGCGCAUGCUCCUCGGAGCCCGAGCUGGCCACACACUGAGAUGAGUGUUGGGGUGGGUGGGGAGGGAAGGGAGGUGAAUGUACCAGUGAGUAUGUAAAGGAAAGAAAGCUGUGAGGGAAAAGUGAGACUUGAAACAAGUAGCAAUAUGAAGAAAGCUACAGAUGAUGGCCUCAAAUAGUGCUGAAGUGUUUAUGGCCAGCAGUCAAACUCUUGACAGCCAGUACUUUUGGUCGCUGACCUCCAAGCACUUCAGCUUGUCAGUUUGUAGGAAACAAGUUGAGUGUUAGUGCACUCCGUAUUUAAAGAUGUCAUCAGGCACUGUGACAGAUAACAUUGAGUAACAUGCACUGACCUGAGAGGAAUUUGCCUGGAUGUAUAGCAAGCAUAGGUGGCUAUUUCCCUCAUGUAGAUCAAAUUCAGUCCUCUCUGCCUCAUGGUAUAGGAAGAGCAGGAAAAUAGGAAUGUAUUAUAUUGUAUGUUAGUACAUUUGCUGUAGAUGAAAGGCCUAAUUCAGUUUAGUAAUGAAGAAAACAUGUCGGCUAAGCGGUAUUUUGACUUGUUAGUGUUUAAUAUCUGUAUCCUCUAUGUAGUCACUGUCACUCUAAGAAAAUGUUACCAACCUGCAGACUGACUCAUCAUUAGAAAGGAGAUAAUCUCAUAAGACUGUAUUCUGCU